AUGGCUCGUAUAUCCAUACUUUGUCGUGGAAAAUCUAUCGGUCGCGAAGAGCUUUUCGCAUACACUAAUGGCCACUUCCUUGUUGAUGAACAACGCCAGCUUGAUCGACGCUACCUAAAAUUCAACUUAGAGGCUCUUUGUGAUGUUGCUGCUGCCGCCGGUGGAAACCCAUCUCGGAUCGAAACUAUUGAGAAGCUCGAAGGAGGCUUCAGUAAAGCUCUUCUGAUGAAAAAAGAAAAUGGACAGGAAGUAAUUGCGAAGCUUCCGUGUCGUAUCGCUGGACCAAUCUCACUUACAACAGCGUGUGAAGUAGGCGUUCUGGAAUAUGUGCGAGAAUACACGAGCAUUCCUACCCCUCACGUCUUUUCCUGGUCCUCGGACGAUUCAAAUCCUGUUGGUGCCGAAUAUAUUAUCAUGGAAAAGGCCGAUGGAGUUCCAUUGUUUGAGCAAUGGGGAAAGAUGCCAGAAAUUGAGAAACUAGAGCUUAUAAACAAUCUAACAAAACUUGAAGCUCAGCUUUCGGCUAUUCCUUUCCCUGCAUACGGAGGACUGUAUCGUCGAGCUGAUGUGGGCCAUUCACAAUGCCAAGAGCUUGAUCGGAGCAUAGAUCCAUAUAACUUAUUUUGUAUUGGCCCCUCUUGUGAUCGUUCGUUUAAUACCGAUGCAACUGUGGACCUAUCAACUCAUGCGAAACUUAACCAAGGGCCUUGGAAUAAAUUGUCAGAUUUUGGGAUAUCAAUCGUAAAGCGAGAGCUAUACCGGAUCUCAUGCAAACGUUCAAAUGACCAUCCAACGUUUACUCAAGGAAGCAUUCAGGAACAAGCACAGCUUCUGGAGUACACCAUGAACGUCAUGCAGAUGCUGGACUCGCAUCCAAUGUUAACCAAAUCUGCCCAACCUACACUAUGGCACAGUGAUCUCCAUAUGGGAAAUAUUUUUGUUGCGCCUGAAGAGAGUUCAAGGAUAGUAUCGCUAAUUGAUUUUCAGUCCAUAUCAGUCCUUCCGUUAUUUCUUCAAGCUCAGUGGCCGGUGUUCCUAAAGCCUCCACAGAAUUACAUUAAAGGGCUUGUGCAGCCCAAGCUCCCUGAUGACUUCAGUGAAUUAGAUGAAGAGGAUAAAGCUGCCGCUUUACAGGAAUGGUCCCAGUCUAAGCUAGCAAAAGCAUACGAAGUUGCGACAUUCCUUGAAGACAGAAUUGCUCAUAACGCCAUGAAUAUACCUCGCAUUUUCCGAGAACUUUUUAUCCGCUGUGGAGAAAUCUCUGAGGUGGGUGCAGUGCCACUCCGAGAAUGCCUAAUAGAAAUUUCUCGGAACUGGUCAAGUCUGGGCUUCACUGGACGGUGCCCUUAUUCAUUCAAUGAUGAAGAAAUUAAUUCUCAUGAACACCAGUUUUCUGAAUACCAAGCCUGGAACGAGGUCCAACAACUCGCUCAGGAAUGCCUGGAUACUGAUGCUGAAGGCUGGGUCGCUCCCCAGCUAGAUAUUGCAGAGAAACGAAGGCAAAACAGGGAACUACUGUCCAUGUAUAUAAAGAGAAUGGCCGGAGAAAAGUCACCUGAUGAAGCAAGGGCGAUGUGGCCUUUCCCGGAAUCGUGA